GACAUUGGCAGCUCGCACUAUUCAUAUUGAGGCACCAACCUUGCAGUGCACCUAGUUAUCGCCAUCAAUUGCACGAUGGCGACGUCUUCGGUAUGCCUUCUACAUAGCUCUUCACUCAUGUCACGACUAGCUAGCCACAGCGCUGCUGGGUGCUCUGGCGCAACCACACUCAUCAGCCAUCAAGGUGCUGCACUCUGGCAGCAGCUGCGAGGGAUGGCGGGCUUUACGAAAGCAACUAGUACCAAGGGUGCUGCCAUGAAGCGGAAUAAGGGCGCAGCGUCGGGGGGCGUGGACGAGGAGAACGCGCGCGUCAAGGCCAUGGUGGCCAUGCUCCAACCCCCCGCCCCGGCUGAGGCGACACCGCUCACCCCCGCGGAGCAGGCGGCCGCGCAGCAGCUGCAGCAGCAACGGGUGGCGGAGCACCAGGCAUGGGUGAAGGACAUGACCACAAAGUUCAAGCUGCAGCAGGCGGCGCUGCGGGCGCUGCCGGAGCGGUUGCGGGUCCUCGCGAUGCAGCCCGACCACACGCCCUACCCCCUCAACCGCAAAUUCUUGUUUGACUCGCCACCAGCGGCGUACCGGGACACACCAGCAGGCAAGACGGCCAGCGGCGCAUCAGCGGCGGCAGAGGCCAGCGCCGGGGCCGGCAAGGGCGCGGAAGCGGCGUCGGGCGGCGGAAAGCAGGCGGGCGGAAAACAGGGCGGCAGCAGGAAGCAGCAAGGCGGCAGGUAGCCUUCAUAACGCCGCGGUGAGGACUUGCAGAGUUUGUGGAGGCAUGGUCUCCCUCGGUUGACCAUCAUGGGGUUCGGCAUCGAGCGUGAGAUGAUCUGAUCCCGCCGAUGUAGCAAAAGUCAGUACAGGUUCGGCUCAGUGGCUUGCACGGAUUGCACUUCCUUUGUUCAGCUGCGGUGUGCAGUGGCAGCAAAGUGGCGGCAAGGUGGCGGCACGGCAGCUCGUAGCACGUGGUGUGUUGGUACAGACUACUGUGUGCAGCUCUGUUGAUACUGUACUUGCCGAAUGCGGUCGCGGAGGCGGUGUGCCUGUGGAUGGGGUGCCCGCGUCACUGCGCGUGGCAGCAUCGCACGCCGCAACUUAAGCAAGCACACAGUAUGCGAGUGCGGAGCACAAACGCUGCUGCGAAUGCAUGACUGCACCAUUACCGCUGUUGAAAGCAGUCUGACUACGGGCGGGGCGCGGAGGGUUGGUGCCACCGGCGGCCCUGACGCCGGUAUGGACGGCUGUAGGCUUGCGUGAUGGCCACGGGGCUGGUCGUGGUAGGCAUGCAAGGCUGCUCUAGGUGCUCGUGCAUUGCCAAGUUCAAUGGGUCGCUGUAAAGCGGGGCAGGAGUUGCUGAUCGCAGGGCGCGUAGGCGUUGCCAAACACGUAAUGGUGGACUACGCGCCGCGGCCUGCAUGUUCUGUGUCAGAGAGUGCAAAAGGAAGCAAACACGCAUGUGCUGUGUAAGUGUGUGGGUGAGUGAGCAGAUAGCUGUGGACGCGCUGGACCAGAGCCAAGAGGCAAGCAGCAUGCGGAAGAGGAAGAUUGGAACUUGCAAGAAAU